ACCUGCCUGGCGUGAGAGAGCCGUUAUGAUCUCUAUACCAACUUCCCACCCUGAAGGAAUAGCAGCUGUCCUGCAGCAGGCCAAAGGAGCACUGGGGAUUCAGAAAGAGAAAAAGGGCUACCAGACCACCACCACAGUAGGCUGGCCAUUGUUAGAAGCUGUACACGCUGCUACGGAGGAAGCUUUAGUAGGACCAGUCUCCUAUGGGAAGAGCAGCAUGCCCCGUUUCCUGUCGAUCCUCCCAAGGUGGCUCCUCCCACGACCACCAUUGACAGACAAGGAAGUACACCUGACUGUGUAUGGAUUGGCACUUGGGCAACCUGCUACCUGGAUAGUCAUGACUGUCCAGCCCAGUACUGACACCAUCAGAUGGAAAACAUCUGGACUGCCUGCCACAAAUAUAAGUGUUGACUGUUGGUCAGGCCAUCUUCUUCUACAGUGUCCAGGACUUGAAUUCCCUGCCUUGUCGUCUGAAGAAGGGAAGCUCUUUGUGAGAGGGCUUAACUUCAACACCAAUGAGCAGGCGUUGGAAGACCACUUCAGCAGCUCCCGGCCUGUCUCUGAAGUGGUUGUCCCCAAGCACCGGGAGACUCAGCAGUCCCAGGGUUUUGGCUUCCUCACUUUCACCAAUCCAGAGCAUGCCUCAGGCUCCAAGCCAGCCAUGAAUGGAGAGUCCCUGGACGGCUGCCAGAUCCCUGUGGACCAUUCGGGCAAAUCAGCCCCGGGAACCGGAGGGGGUGCCUUUGGGGAUCAUGGGCGUGGUCACAGCUACUCUAGAGUAUAUGGAUAUGGAUUACAGAAGGUUCUGGACUAUCGUGGCAGAAGCCAGGGUGGUUACGACUGCUACUCUGGAGGGAAUUAAAGAGACAGUUAUGACAACUGAGACGAUACACGCAAGGAAUAAAAAUUCUGAUCCAGCAUUGUCUUUCCAAAUGGCUGUAUUUGUAAGAUUUUUAGAGCUGCACUGAAACGUCUUUGUUUUAGUACAACUUUGGUUUUUGAAUUGAGCAACCAGGGUAGCCUCUCAAAGACCUUUUAGAAAGCUCCACGUGUUUCAAAAAAAAUUUCCCUCUAUUUGAAGACAAAUUCUGGGACAUCGUAAAACAGAUAUUUUUCUUUUACUAGUUUUUUAAUUGGGGCUGUCAGGAUUAAUGGUUCUGGCAAAAAAAAAAAAAAAAGUCAGAAUUAUUUUUUUGUAAUUAAUGUGCACCUAGGGACAUAUAAAAAAUGUGUACACAAUGUUUUCUUACCACAGUUAGGAAGUAAUUCCUAGCAAACCUAUAAGAAAUCUGUCAGGAACAUGAUUGCUAAGAGGUAUUUUUAUUCUGUUAUGAGAC